GAUCAGCUUAGACUGUGUGUGCAGCGGGACACGAGCACACGUCGAGUUAUUUUUUUGUUCGGCUCUUUUGUUUGUGUGUUAAAUUGUGAACAUGUCAACCAGGAAGGAGGAGAAAGACAAUAAAGGACGGAGGAAGAGGACGGAGGAGAAGCUCAGUGGGAGGAAGAAGAAGAAGGAGAAACCUGAGGAGGAGCACAAGCCGGAAGUGGAUCGCAGUGAGUGUGUGUUGCUGUGCGGGAUCUUCAAAGUGGGCAAGAAGAGCCACGACGUCCUCCUGACCAGCACCCGACUAACCUGGGUCCCCAUCCUGCCUGAGAGCCCCACAGGUGAAGUGUGCACGCCGCUGCCCGGUGUCCUGAUGGUACGUGACAUCCUGUCAGUGAAAGUUAAGCGGCGUCGGGCGGCGGGACAGCGCUCCGGUGGUGCCGUGCUGGGUGUCGCUUUGUUCUACUGCAAGCGAAGGGGCCGCAGACUGGAGGAGGACACGCUGCACCUCCACAAUGCAUCCUCUGAACAUACGCAUGCCUGGUACAACACCCUGAGGGAGGUCCUUACAGGUUUGAGUGGCCGUCCCAGGUGUGUGAAGGUGUUCAUCAACCCCAGCAGUCACAAGAAGGAGGCAGUUCAUAUCUACAGAGAGCACGUGGCCCCCCUCUUCAAGAUGGCCGACGUCCGUACCGACAUCACCUGGUCAGUGCUGACAGAGAGGAGGGGACACGCCCUGUCAGUGAUGAAGGAGCUCAAACUGGAGGACUUUGAUGGGGUGGUGUGCGUGGGUGGCGACGGUUCCGUGGCAGAACUUUGCCAUGCUCUGGUUCUACGAGCCCAACUGGACGCCAACUCUCCCAACAUUCCCGUGAGAGCAUCGCUUCCUCUGGGAAUCAUCCCGGCAGGUUCUACGGAUGUGGUUUCAUGUUCUGUUCAUGGAGUCAGAGAUCCAGUCACUGCUGCCAUACACAUCAUCCUUGGUCACGUGCAGCACGUGGACAUGUGCAGUUUCUGGUCGCUCGGUCAGCUGCUACGCUUCGGCUUUUCCGCCAUGUUUGGCUUCGGCGGACGCAGCCUUGCUCGGGCCGAGAAGAAGCGGUGGAUGCCGUCGUCACGGCGGCGUGGGUACGCGCUGGUCAAGACCCUGGCCAGAUUGAGACCAGAAGACUGUCAGCUGUCUUUUCGAACAAGCCACGUCAAGGACCAGGACCGGGAUGAUGAACAAGAUGGUGACUCAGAGGGGGUGGAGUCAUGGACCACCAAUGAGGGCUUGUAUCUGAGCAUCAGCGUCAUGGCCAUCCCCUGUCUUAGUCCUCACGCUCCCCGAGGACUGGCCCCCGACACCAAGCUGAGCAAUGGAAGUGCAGCAUUGAUCGCCGUGGGGCACACGUCCAGAUCAGAGUUCGUCAAACACCUGAAGAGGUACAGCUCCUCCACUGGACAGUUGGACUUCUCCUUCGUGGAGACGCACGCCGUGACAGCGGUGAGGCUCCGCCCCCGUGGGCUGAUUGGCUGCUCAGAGGACGAGAGCGAAGACGACUCCAAGGCCAUACCCAUCAUCCAAUCAGACUCUACCGCAAGCUUCCCCUGGAAUAUCGACGGAGAGCUGGUGCAGAUCCCCAACGAAGUGCUCAUCAGGGUGCACCCGGCACUCAUCAGCUUGUACGGUGAGGACGUGGACGAGGCCGAGUCCCAAGCAUCCUGCAGCUGCAUCUGAGGAUGGGCAUCUGUCCCUUUAGGAGCUCUGUUUCCAAACACUCCCAAGUACUUCCUGUUGAUCCAACAUCAGCUUCUUUUUUUAAUUCAAGUUUACAUUUCUGCAGCACUUUAGCCAGCAAAUUGAAUCAUCUUUUUCUAUUGAAUAGUUUUUUUUUUUUUUUUUUUUUUUAAUUGAAUCCGCUUUGGCAAGCAGUUUUAGCUUUAAAAGGGGAUUUAUGUAUUUUCAAAAACUCACUUUUUGUCAUAUUUGGUAAAACAGUCAUUAUGACUUAACAAUGGUACAUGAAACAUUUGAAAAAUCUGCCAUCUCUGGCCCCAUAUUGUGCAUCUAAUUUGAUAUCCAAAAAACAAGGAAAAAUAACCAAUCAGAGACUUAAGGUGUGACUCACGAGGUGUCAGUCAUUGGUCACGCACUCGCAAGCAUACUCAUCGGCCUCACGUUGAUCUGUUACAUUGUUACCCCAGAAAAGACCUGCAUGCGUAAUGAAAUGUUACUGUAAGACUUAAAUAUUGGUUUGAAGUUUUAUUUUUUGUGAGGGCGCGGUGCUGUGGCCAAGGUGGGUGUGUGCGACAAACAAUCAGAAGUCAGAAUCAUCUUUAUUUGCCAAGUAUGUCCAAAACACACAAGGAAUUUGUCUCCGGUAGUUGGAGCCGCUCUAGUACAACAGACAGUCAAGUUACAGAACACUUUGGAGACAUAAAGACAUUGACAAAAAACAAUUGUGCAAGAAGAUGCAGAGUCCUCUAGCACUUAGAGCAGUUCGAACUGACUAAUAUUGCAAUAGUCCGGUGCAAUGACCAUUGUGCAAAGGGCGCUGAGACUUCAAGGAGUGUAUGCGGUUUAAAGUGACGAGUAGUGCGAUCAUCUGGGACAAUGUCGGUUGUGCAAAUGUUACAGAUACUCCUCAAUCAGU